UGUUGCAGAAAAAUUUCCUUAUUUGGUUAAGAAAAAAUUGAAGGAAGGAGAAGAAGUAAGACGUGUUGCCCAGCUCGAUUGGAGGAUAAUUGAGUCGGAUUGUAAGAAACCAUUUAUAUCAUCUGGCCUAGAGUUUGUUCCUCUACCAGUGAUGCAUGGUGAGGAUUAUGUCUGUUUAGGCUUCCUUUUUGGAAGAAAAUCAAGAAUUGCAUAUAUUUCUGAUGUUUCACGCUUCCCUGUUACUACUGAGCAUGUUAUUUCAAAGGACGGAGGUGGACAACUCGAUCUUCUCAUCUUAGACACCCUAUACAAGGAAGGCUCUCACAACACCCACUUCUGCUUGCAGCAGAGCCUUGAUGCUGUUAAGAGAAUUAGGCCGAAGCAGGCUUUGUUCAUUGGGAUGACACAUAACUUUGAUCACUACGAGGAUAACAAGGCAUUGGCAGAAUGGUCUAACAGUGAAGGCAUUCCGGUACAGCUUGCUUAUGAUGGGAUGAGAAUCUUUCUUGACUUGUAAUUCGGAAUUCCCAAAUUUCUUAUUUGGAGUUGCAGGUAGCAUGGGAUUAUCUGUGGCUUGAAACGGUUCUACUUAGAGGUGACUAUGGUUCAGCAACAUCCACCUAUAAUGCCUUGACGUGAAAUAAGAGGACGCUACAGAGAGGAAGCAUAUUAUAGUGUCCGUAUGAAUUUUUAUUUUCUAAUAUUUCUUACAUUUAAACUUUAUUAAUUUAGUAUAAUACUUUAAAAAGUUUCUUUGGUUUCUUUCAUGCAUUUGCUUUAGGGAAAGCUAUGGGCCGCUCAUUUUAUUUAUGUAAUGGACAUGUGACUGAACAAUUUACCAUAGACUGCCUUUUUCUUGUCUUCUAGCUGCUAGCAUUCAAACUGAUUGUAAGACUAAUAUAUGAUUAUAAGGAAACUACUUUCAAGUAUAAAAGAAAUUUAUGAGUGUA